CGAAAUAUCACGGGUGACUCGAUCGCGACACCGUCAACAAGGUCCAUGCAACCGCGGCCACUUCCGGCGCAGUCGAGCAAGGUCGCCCUCGACACGCUCCACGAACACGACGCGGAUGACAAGUCCAAGAGCAGCAUUCCGCCGAUCGCGGUGCCGUUCCUGACGCACCAAGACGGUCGUCACUCGUCCUUCUUCGAGACCAACAGUGUGCACAAGACGACCGACGCGUGCGGCCAAAAGCAGCUCAACCAAUACAUUCUCUACGACGUGAUUGGGAAAGGCGCGUACGGCAAGGUGCGCAAGGCUUUUUGGCCCGAGAAGAAUCGCUACUUUGCCGUCAAAAUCAUCCACAAAAAGGUUCAAACCCGUUCUCGUAAAAUGAUGCUGCGCGGCCCCCGCGCGCCUCGAAGCGACGGCCUCGAUCACAUUCGCAAGGAGUUUGCGAUUUGGAAAAAGCUCCACCACCCCAACAUUGUGCGCCUGCGCGAAGUCAUUGACGCCCCGGAGGCCGAGAAGAUUUACUUGGUGAGCGAACUCAUCGAGGGCAAGUCCAUCAUUGACGGCGAAGCACGCUGCACGCCGUUGCGCGAAGACGUUGCAAGAGACUGCUUUUGUCAGCUCAUUGAAGGCCUGGAUUUUCUCCAUUUCCACAAAAUCAUCCAUCGCGACAUCAAGCCCGGCAACCUCCUGUACAGCGCCGACGGGGUUGUCAAGAUCACCGACUUUGGCCAGUCCCAGGUCAUUGAAGACGAAGACGACUGCUUUCGCCAAACCGUCGGCACGGGCCCGUUCCUAGCACCCGAGAUGCUCACGGGCGACGAGUACAAGGGCCUCCCGAUCGACGUGUGGGCGUGCGGCGUCACCCUCUAUCUAUUUAUCUACGGCCACUUGCCGUUCGAGGCCGAGACGCCGCAGCUCCUCUACGACAAGAUCAAGAACGACCCGAUCGUAUUUGCGUCGCAUGUCCAUGGAGCACGUGUGAACCCAGACCUGAUUGAUCUUCUUCGAGGGAUUUUGAACAAGGACCCGGCCGAGCGUCUGACAACCCAAGACAUUCGGACCCACCCGUGGCUUGCGUCGUCGUUUCAGACCAAGUAUCCCAGCAGCGAACGCCACUUGAUCACACUCACACCAGCGUGCGUCGAGUCGGCCAUCACGCCGCUGCAGCUCUACAGGCGCCUCAAACGCAAGACCAAGCUACUCAUCGCUGCCAACAAUCUCACGGGGUCGUCGCGACACUUGCCAUUUCUGCGACAACCGUCGACGCAGCGCCACAUCCAAGAGGACGCCGUCCACCACGCUAGUCUUUCGGGUCGGCGGUCGCUCACGGCGCGCCGCCUCGACGUCGGCCAAGAGCUCACCGAGUUGCGCUUCGACUCCCUAAAUCGACCAUAG